GUGUCCCUGGGCGUCUGGAGGUGCGCGCAGUCCAGCACCAUGGGGAAGAGGGAUAACCGCGUGGCCUAUAUGAACCCAAUAGCAAUGGCCAGAUCAAGGGGUCCAGUCCAGUCUUCAGGGCCAACGAUCCAAGAUUAUCUGAAUCGACCAAGGCCUACCUGGGAAGAAGUGAAAGAACAACUAGAAAAGAAAAAGAAAGGCUCCAAGGCUUUGGCUGAAUUUGAAGAAAAAAUGAAUGAGAACUGGAAGAAAGAACUAGAAAAACACAGGGAGAAAUUAUUAAGUGGAAGUGAGAGCUCAUCCAAAAAAAGACAGAGAAAGAAAAAAGAAAAGAAGAAAUCUGGUAGGUAUUCAUCCUCUUCUUCAUCAAGCUCUGAUUCUUCCAGCAGUUCUUCAGAUUCUGAAGACGAGGAUAAGAAACAAGGAAAAAGGAAAAAGAAAAAGAAGAACCGUUCACAUAAAUCUUCUGGAAGCUCUCUGUCAGAGACUGAAUCAGAUAGUAAGGAUAGCUUGAAAAAGAAAAAGAAGUCAAAGGAUUCAACUGAAAAAGAAAAGGACAUUAAAGGACUGAGCAAAAAGAGAAAGAUGUAUCCUGAAGAUAAACCUUUAUCAUCUGAGUCCUUAUCAGAAUCAGAUUAUAUUGAGGAGGUACGAGCAAAAACGAAGAAAAGCAGUGAAGACAGAGAGAAAGCAACAGAAAAACCAAAAAAGAAAAAGAAGCAUAAGAAACACAGUAAGAAAAAGAAAAAGAAGGCUGCUAGUUCGAGUCCUGACUCACCAUGACAUUAGGAAAAAUCAGGAUUCCCUUAUAAAGUGCAAUGUCCGAGGAGAUCUUAACUGUGAAAAUGACAUAUUUACUAAAAUGCAUGAAUAUUGUUGUUUCUAUAAUUAUUCCUGGACUGUUCAGUAGCCCCUCAGAAUGCCGCUGUGUGAAAGGGCCACAAAUAGCUGCCUGCUGCCUGAACAUCUGUCUUUUUCUCUUCCAUUGCUUACUGACUUUGGGAGAUUAUACACUGCAGUCAUACUAGUGGUUGUUAUGUGGGGAUAAAGUUAAUAUUUUUGACUAGAAGUAUCUAAUGAUAAACCAACAGAUAUUGAGUCUGGAUGCGUCAUUAACAUGUAAACAGAAAUGACCAGAUGACUCUAGUUAACAUUUUUGAAGGAGGGAUUGCAUUGAUAUUUCCGUAUCCUUACUCUGUAGAUAAGUGUAUUUUAAUUUUUUUCCCCUUGUAUACUUUUAUUAUUUACCUGGGGAAGGAGCUUUUAGGGAUGGGGGUGGUUUGCUAUUUCCUUUAGCAGAAUAGUGUGCCUUUUAUCCUCAUAAUUCCUAUUUUUGUGGACACAGUAGCCAUGCUUCAUGGGAAGGUCAGAGCUGGGUGCGGCAGUCUUGCGCUUUACUGAGGUUAGGAACAUCCUUGGCCUCCGCCGUAUGCUGCUUUGAGUGAACUAGAGAAAUGGCCUUUUGCAGCACGAGAAAGCCCCGGAAGCUCUGGGAUUUACCUCCACUUCGAUAAUACUGAAUGAUUUUUAGUAUUAGAAUGUGUUAUAACAUUUGAAUUAAUUUUGACUACACUUUGGCUUUGGAGAGGAGUCAUUUCAAGUAGACACUGGUACUUUUUGAACUUGAUAGCUAAAGAUUC